GCGGCGCGGGGCGGCGCGGGGCGAGGCGCUGCCGGCCGGAGCCCCGCGGGGCGCCGCUCACCGCCCUGCCCUCCGCGGGACACCACCGGCUGCUGAAAGCCCGCCUCCAGCCCGCCCCGGCACCGGACCUCGGCUUCUUUUUAUCGCUUUAGCACCCCCCGUCCAUCGCACCCCCGGUCACUAUUAUUAUUAUUAUUAAUAAUAAUAUUUUCCUCCUCGGAUGAGGCGCGGCGGCGGCGGCGGUGGCCGGGGGAGAAGGCGGCAGCGCGCCGCGGGACCGAGCGGCUGAGCGGCGGCAGGAGGCGGCGAGCGGCGGGCGGGAGGACCGGAGCCCGUGUGUUUUUAUUUUUGGCCAAGUUGGAACUGGUGGAGGCUCGGCUGCUGGCUUGGGGGUCUCCUGGGUUCGCUUCACUCCGAUUGUUGUGGGUGUUUUUUUCUUUUUUAUUGCUAUUCAAAUUUUAAUUUUUUUUUAAUUUUUUUUUUUUUUUCAAACUCUGGAUUUUGAAUGCCGGGCGCGGCCAGGAGAAGCGAAAGCAAAUAGACACCUGUGCGUGUGUGUACAUAUAUAUAUACAUAUAUAUAUUAAAACAAACAAAACAAAGAUUAAAAUAAAGAACAACCGACUGCAGCAGCACCAACAAAACGCUCCAGGCAGCCCCCCGACCGGCGGCAGGGCGGGCGGCGGAGCCGUCGGCGGGGCCGGCCAGCAGCAUGGAGGAGGGCGGCCGGAGCCCCCGGGAGGAGGCGGCCGAGCCGCAGGAGUCCGGCGGCGACGCGGAGCCCGGCGGCGGCGGGCGGCGAGGGCUGCUGCUCCCCCCCGGCGACCCUCCGCACCCGCACCCGCACCGCAUCACCAACUUCUUCAUCGACAACAUCCUGCGGCCCGAGUUCGGGCGGAGGAAAGAAGCGGGCGGCCCGGGCGGAGAGCCCCGCCGGCCCGGCGCGGAAAGCCGCCGCAGCCCCGCCGCGGCGCCGGCCCCCGGGGCUCCGCUCCCCGGCGGCGGGGCGGGCUCGCCGGGCCGGGGGGAGGGCGGCCCCGCCGGGCUGGCCCUGCACGGCGCCGCCAAGAAGGGGGGGGACCCCGCGGCGCUGGAGGCGGCCCUGAAAGCGCGGGGGCUGAGCGGCGGCGACCUGUCGGUGAGCUCGGACUCGGACAGCUCCCAGGCCAGCUCCAACGCCGGGAACCAGCCCAUGCUCUGGCCCGCCUGGGUGUACUGCACGCGGUACUCGGACCGGCCCUCCUCAGGUCCCCGGUCCCGCAAACCAAAGAAGAAGAACCCCAACAAGGAGGACAAGCGGCCGCGCACCGCCUUCACCGCCGAGCAGCUGCAGAGACUCAAGGCCGAGUUCCAGACGAAUCGGUACCUGACAGAGCAACGGCGGCAAAGCCUGGCCCAAGAGCUCGGGCUUAACGAGUCCCAGAUUAAAAUCUGGUUCCAGAACAAACGAGCCAAGAUCAAGAAGGCGACGGGCAGCAAGAACUCCCUGGCAGUGCACCUCAUGGCCCAGGGGCUCUACAACCACUCCACCACGGCGAAAGACGGCAAGUCGGACAGUGAAUAGCCAAGGGGAAAGGGGGAUGGGGGGGCGAGGGAGGGA